AUGGAGACUCAUGGCGCGCAAAUGGAGCUUCCCGCCUUUCUGCCUCUCACGGCACUUUCGGUGGGUCGACAUGCUUCGACCAACCAUUCCAUGAUCUUCCUAUGGGUUAGCGGCAUCAAGGGCAUUGGCACCCAAUCCGGCGAGAAGAAGCUCGUUGUUGUGGUCGUUCAGGACGAGAGAAAGAAGCAGCCGGCCACGAUGCUUCGUUCAAGCUGGGCCUUCAAACACAGCCCCUUCUUCGCGCCCGACCACGAAACCAGCACUCGGCCGCUGCGUGGCGUGUGCUCCUUUGAGAUUAAGCUGGAUGAAAUUGCAGGGUUGGACUAUUGGAAUCCACUGUUGGUUGAUGCCAGCCGUGUGGUCAUUGAGGCCCGCAGCCUGACCCGGCGCUGGUUCCGCGACCUCGGCGAGUGCCGUGCGCACUUCGGCUGGCCGAAGGAAGCGACGCCGAUGUACCAACCGCAGGAAGCCAAGGAGGGCUGCACCAUGGGCAAGGUGGAGCUGCAGACGGAGAACUGCAAGCUGCACACCUCACCAUCCAAGGUGCGGCAGACCUAUUGGCAGCCGCGGCCCGAGGAGGCCAGCUAUGCGCGGCUGAACGCCAUCGCCGAGACCGCGGAACGGCUGCUGAACGGCCGAUGUCUGGACCGCGAAGGGGUCAACGGGGACGAUGACUUCGCCGAUGCCGCGGAUGCCGCGGAGGCCGACGCCGAAAGCUCCAAGAUCCGAAACGGCAACGAGCUGCUGGAGGUCUACGACAACGGCAGUGAUGGUGGCACAGGAAGCAGCGCUGGAGUUUCGAGGGAAACUCAAGACCCACACAGUGAAGUAGUGGAGGAACUGUCAAAUCGUACAGUGAACUUCCGCUUUGACGAUCCCUUCUUGCCUUACGUCCUGCGGGAGGUGAUCCAUGAUCCAGAUCACCAUCGCUUGUUACGGCUCUGUGAGGCUGGUAUCCCAGCCUGGGCCAUUGUUUUACCCAAAUUCACGGGUCUCUAUCACCGCUACAUGCGACACUUGGUGGCCGCAAUCGUGGUGCUGGUGUCCUGUCUCUCGCUUCUGCUGGGUUUCUACGACUUGUACAAGCGCAUUCCAUUGGUGCGCUCCUUGUUGAAGCAAUCGCUGGGACCCCUAAGCAGCAAACUCGAAGAGCUGGUGGUGGUGCGUUUGUCCUUCCUCUUGGGUUGGAUCCUGCCGUACAACACAAUUCUACGGCGGACCUGGCACUGCCUGCUGAUGUUGUGGGAAGCGGUGAAGAGUAUUGGUCUAGGCCUCUUCUCAGCUGCCACCAUGGCCACAUCCCUCGCCUCAUCGCUGUUGCAGCCGGCCACAUCCUUCGUGUUCUCCCCGGUGAUUGGCGCAGCAACCGCCGGCAGGUCGCUCUUCCAAGCUAUGGCAACCAUCGGCCAGGCCUUUGCGAGGCUUUUCUCUGGGGCUGGUACUGGUGGUCUCUCCAGUGGUGGCCUCCUACGUGCUGAAUUCAACUUGGUUCGCCAGGCCUUCAUGGCUGUCUACAAUUCCACCUGCUUUCUGGGAGCCACCAUGGCCAGACACCAGGCCUCGACCUCGGUCUGGUUCUCCCGGUGGCGUCAUCGCCAGUGGCGUCGCAUGAAAUGCCUUGCGGAGUGGCCGGCCAAGCUGGCGCGGAACAGGCCAGUGUGCUUGUCCCUGCUGCUGCUGCUGGGCAUCAUCCGCUUUUAUCCUGGGGACUUUGCGGUGCGCUGCAGCGAUGCCUUGCUGUGGGAUUUUGCUGUGGCCAUCACCAGGUUCUUCUAG